AUGGCGCUGGGGCCUAGGGUUUGGAAGAGGUGGAUAUGGAAGGUGGGUUUCGUGUUUGCUCUCACUCUCUUUGCCGCCACCUUCGCCGACGCUGCUGCUGUUGCUGCUACUAGGGUUCCGGUGUGCCCCAGACCUUCUAUUACAGAUUCGAUCUUUGGGUUUCGAGAUGCCAACCCUGAUUUCCCUAAUUCCCAAUCACUGCCUUCCGCUUGCGUCAACGAGGGGGACGAGGUUUCACUACAGAAAGCGCUAGAUUUGAUAUACAAGGGUGGUCUGGACUAUGUAGCUGUGCUCUUUUAUGCAGCAUGGUGCCCUUUUUCAAAGGCUUUUAAACCUAGGUUGCCUGUCUUGGCUUCUUUGUAUCCGUCUAUACCACAUAUCGUGGUCGAAGAAUCAGCCAUUCGUCCCAGCAUGCUGUCAAAGUAUGGAGUUCAUGGCUUCCCUACUCUUGUGCUUCUGAAUUCUACAAUGCGUGUGAGGUAUCACGGUUCCCGCACUCUUGGCUCUCUUGUUAAUUUCUACAGUGAUGUAACCGGUAUAACAAUUACAUUACCUGAUAAAGCAACUCUGACCAACAACUGGCACCCGUCAAAGCGUGGGAAGCAUGACAACAAUGACCAUGAAAGCUGCCCCUUCUCCUGGGCUAGGUCUCCAGAGAAAUUGUUUAGGCAGGAGACGUAUUUAGCUCUGGCCUCUGCCUUUGUCCUCCUCAGACUGCUCUACUUGAUUUUGCCUGGUCUGCUCUCAUUUUCUCAACUUGUUUGGAGGAGGCACCUUCAUUGUCCCAGAAUAGGGAGCAUACUUGAUCAUCCGCGUGCCUUUCUGGAUGAUGUCGUCCAAGCGUUCAAAUGCCUUGUGGGGCCUUGCAGCAGGAAAACGAACCUGCAAGAAGGCGCCAUGAACGCCAGAGCUUGGGCUUCAAAGUCGCUUGCCACGGUAUCAAUAGGAGAAGCGAGCACGAGCAGAGGAGCUUCGCAGAUACGGGAAUGUCGGUGA